CGGCGCACGCAGGCGGCCGCCGUGACACUCAUCUUUAUACCCCGCAAGGAAGCCCGCAGCAGGAGUUUGUUACAACUCGCCCCAACGCCAGCCGCUAGCCACCAAGUUCAUCUUUCUCGAUCCAGGGCUGCUAGCCAUAUAUUCACGGCGUGUUCAAGACCAGCAGACCUCUUGUACCUGUGGCUCUACCUACGGAUGCUCACCUUACAGUCGCUUUGUCGACAGUGCCUGGCUGAAGCGGGGCGUUUCUGCCUGGAUAAAUAUCUACACCGGCAUGUGGAAACCAGACGAGGUCGUGCCGCAACACAAGCGCAGAGCGGUGGCACUCUGGACGAUCCUCAUCGGGAGCAUCAUUUUUUAUUCUUCGUAUCUGUUGUACAAGGCCGUUCGCAAGCGCGAUAACCCCGAUGCGUCCAUCGAGCUAUCGAACACCGUAUUCGAGUACCCGGAUAUUUGGGUGUGCCUCUACGCCGACUAUGGCUGCGACGAGCAGGAAUUGGAGGAGGAGUGCAUGACAAGUGCAACCGCCAACAUGACAGGAUGGGGCAAUUCGAGUGCCGUGUACUACCCAGGCGGGGAGUACGAGCAAGAGAUUCACGUGGAGGGAAGGGAGACCCCCAAAAACGGCUGGUGCGUGGAGUUCCAGGCGUCGAAAGUUACCCGCUUUCUCGGGGAAGAGCGGAACGCGAGCUACUAUCUAGAUUAUCUCCUCCUGGAUAUGCACUGGUACCCGGGUGGCCUUGAAGCCGAUUCUACCACUUGCGUCGUUGAGGGGUGGAAGACUCACAAGCAAUGGAUGUACGUGUUUUUGAACGAUCCAGUAUUAAGCCAAGUCUCAACCGGGAUCCAAGUCCCCUACAGCUGCAUCACCAACGUCUCGAGCAGCCACUCCUUCACUUACGUGGGAAUUGGAGUUACCAUCGAGGACAAGCUAGGCCAAGAACCCAUCGUGAACAACAAGGCGCUAUCGGUAUCGACAGCGACGGUGAAGGAUGAGGUGAACCCGGCCAUUGUCAAGCCUUAUGCCCAGCUGUCGCUGCAGUUCCAGCAGGAGCCCAACUCGCUUGAGGUUAUCACCGAGGUCGACCCCCUCGACCUUGCCGAGAUGUUCGGCAACGUCGGCGGCUUCUGGGACCUUCUCAUGAUCAUUUGGCCCAUCUUCUUUGUGGCGGCAUCUAGGCAAGACCCACACCUCAAGCCUCGAAACUUCAAGAAGUCGGUCACAAAGGGGCUAGGUGGCCUCCGAAUAGGUGACGGCAAGCAUCCUGGGGCCAGAGAUGAUUUCAACGGCAGUCCCCAGGUCCAAGAGAGACCAUACUGGGAACAAGAGGGAAAGAAGGAGGUGGUGGAGGUGCCUUAUCCUGCUGAGAAAAAGAAAAUCCCCUUCCCGCCGGUGUGAGCAGCACCAGCUUGGGCCGCCAUGACUCCAGACGGCAACACCAAAACGGGAACGAAGCGACAUGCAGUGCGUUUUUGCCCCGAGCGAUCGUUAUCAGCGAAUGUAGCCGGCUAUCUCGUGCGGCGGGAUUAACAAUAUCCAUGCCGUUGCGCACAUAAGUUGCCAUUCCUUUCCCGCGCGAGUUUCAAUUUUAGUUUUAUAUAUGUGUAUGUGCACGAGAUAUUGUAUUACUUAUGGUUGGCCCUACGGCCCACCUAAGCACGCGUCGUACAUGGUUCCAGGCAUGGUUUACGAUACGACUCGCUUGCAUGGGUUGUACACAACAGCCCCGUUUGUGCCGUUCCGGUACCCACCAUGACUUUUGAUUGUUCGGGAUUCGUGAACCAUCGCGCAGCGACGCAGUCUUGGCAUGGCUUCCUCUAGAUUUGUACAACAUACAUCGUCGUCCUUUUAGUACGGGGAGUUUCCGUUUCUUGGGGCAUGGUA